AUGAGGAAGACGGUUAUUAUUGAGUCCAGUGACCACCCAGACAAAACGGAAGUAGGAGGCAGCAUCACCCCUACCCUCUUCCCCUCCAACUCCCUGGGGCCUUCUGUAGCGGCCCACCCAGAGAUGUCUCUUUCUGGGCAGGAGCCACCCCGGGACCGGGCCUUGGUGGACCACGAGAACGUCAUCAGCUGCCCCCACCUGGGCGCCAGCACCAAGGAGGCCCAGAGCCGCUGCGGGGAGGAAAUUGCCAUCCAGUUCGUGGACAUGGUGAAGGGGAAAUCUCUGGCGGGAGUUUGCCCUGCCUCUGGAGAAAGGCUCCUUUGUUCUCCACAGGCCUUGGGAGUGAAGGUUGGCUGGCAUGACGGCGGGAUACCCGAGGUAAACGCCCAGGCCCUUACCAGUGCCUUCUCUCCACACACCAAGCCUUGGAUUGGUCUGGCAGAAGCUCUUGGGGCACUGAUGCAAGCCUGGGCUGGGUCCCCCAAAGGGACCAUCCAGGUGGUAACACAGGGAUUAUCCCUGAAGAACUCUGGGAACUGCCUGACCCCCGCCGUCAUCGUUGGCCUCCUGAAGGAUGCUUCCCGUCAGGCGGAGGUGAACCUGGUGAACGCCAAGCUGCUGGUGAAAGAGGCCGGCCUCAAUGUAACCACUUCCCACAGCCUUGCUGCACCAGGGGAGCAGGGCUGCGGGGAAUGCCUCCUGACCGUGGCCCUGGCAGGUGCCCCCUACCAGGCCGUGGGCUGGGUCCAGGGCACCACGCCUGUGCUGCAGGCACUCAACGGAGCUGUCUUCAGACCAGAGGUGCCUCUCCACCGGGGCCUGCCCCUGCUCAUGUUCAGGACUCACCCCUCCCACCCUGCGGUGCUGCCAACUAUGAUCGGCCUCCUGGAAGAGUCAGAGGUGCAGCUGCUGUCCUACCAGACCUCAAUGGUGUCAGAUGGGGAGACCUGGCACGUCAUGGGCAUCUCCUCCCUGCUGCCCAGCCUGGAGCCCUGGAAGCAGCACACGACCGAGGCUUUCCAGUUCCACUUCUAACCUUGGGCUCACUUGUCCCAGCCUCGUGGGAUUUUCCGAAGAAACACACCCACUGGGAGAGGAGAGCCACAUUCCUGGGGCUGGCACUGCUUGUGUCUCAUCUGACCCCUGUCGUACGGCAAUAACCACCCAAUAAAGAGCCUAGCCCAUA